AUGGGAAGUGCACCAACCGUCAUGCAAGCUUCGAAAUGUAUCGAAGUGGAGAAGCCUAAACCAGUAAAGGUAGAUGUCAACACAACAACAAGGAAGCUGACUUUCUCAGUGCAACGAGCAAACCCUAGUCGACCAGAGUCGACUCUAGCUGAUGUGGCUGAGGUAGAAGAGCAAACCCAGAAAUGGAAAGCAGCGCUAAUUGGGUAUGUACUGGGUGGAACUCCCUCCUUCAAGGAAAUGCUAAAGUUUGUGUAUGGUGUGUGGAAUUUCAUCACUACACCACAGGUAUUCCUACAUGAUGAUGGGUACUUUAUAUUCAGAUUUAGCUCUGAGGAAGAUAAGAACAAAAUUAUACAGCAAGGUCCAUAUACAUAUCAUAAUAGACCCAUUAUAUUGAAGCAAUGGGUGCCCAAUUUCUAUAUGUGUAAAGAAGUGACUCGAACUAUGCCAAUUUGGGUCAUAUUCCCAGGAUUACCAAUUCAAUUCUGGACAAAGGAGAAUUUGGGAUGUUUAGCCAACUAUUUAGGAAAACCUAUACGUUUAGAUAAACUUACAACAGAUGGGGAUAGGAUUUCCUAUGCACGUAUGUUUAUUGAAAUGGAUAUAUCUCAAGAGUUACCAGAUACAAUUCUCAUCAAGGAAGCAGAUGCAAAUAUAGAGAACAAGCCCUUGAUUAUGAAUGGAAACCUUCUUUUUGUGAAGGGUGUUUUCAAAUAG